UAAAUUUAAAAAUAUAAGAAGAAAUAAAAUAAAAUAACAUUCAUUGUCAAGAUUUACAAAAAAUUUUAACGAAAAAAAAAUUCAAAAGAAAAUAACUUUAAAGGUAAUUCAUAUCACAAAAAAGUAAUUGAUCAAUCUAAUAGUUUUAAGCAUAUUGAACAGACAAAAUAAAUGUAGGAACUUAAUGAAUUAAAAAAUCUUGUGAUUUAAUCAUUGGAAGCUAACGGAUCAUUGAGCAAUAUUAGAGCUUAAAUUAGAGCAUCUGUAUUUAAAGUUAUUGACCAAUAAGAUAACAAUUAAGUUUAAAAUAAAAAACCCAGUCCUUUCGCUUGGGAAAACCCAAAAUGUGCAAAGUUAUUUGAAAGUGAAAGUGGUGUUCUUGCUCUUUAAUUGAUUAAAGAAUUUCUUUAAUUUUAUAACAUGGAUUACUCUAAUAGCGUAUUCUCUUCUGAAAGUAAUUUAAGGGAAGAAGUAAAAAGAGACAAAAUAAAUGAAAAAUUAUCCUUAAAUAAACCAGAUGCUUAAAAACCAUUACUACUCUAAUUACUAGAAGAAUUUAAAUCUGGACGUAGUAGCAUGAACUCAAGUGGAACUCAAUCAGCUGCUCCUAAUCCUAAUACAGGAGCUUAAAAAUAAGAAUAAAAAAGUUAACAAGAGGGACAAGUCUAAAAAGGUUCUACAUAAAGAAGUUAACAAGAGUAAUAAUAGUAACCUCAAUAAUAAUAAUAGCAGCUGUAAUAAUAAUAAUAACAAUAGUAACAAUAGCGCUAAUAACAAGCUAACUACCAAGACUUAUUAGGCGAUGAUGAAUUUGAAUAAUCUCUAGAUUCAUAGAGCGAUAAUAAGAAUUUUUAAUCAUAGAAUAAGCCUAUGUCAUCUCCUUAAAAUGAUGAUAAGAGCGCUUAAAGCUUAGAAAGUACAAGCGAAAAGAAAGCUCUUCAAGAAGCCUAGUAAUUCAUUUAAAAAAGUUAAAACUAAAUGCGUACUGGACAAAUAGGUUCUUUACCAGUUGGGUAAUAAUAGUAACAAUAAUAAUAGCAAUAACAACAAUAAUAGUAAAGUGCUGUAUAAUAAAAUAAAUUUAACGCCAACGUGAAAUAAUAUGAACAAGAUUAGUUUGAUUAAUAUGAUGAUGAGAUUGAAGGUGUGGAAGAGCAACUUAAUGAUUACUAAGAAGAUAUUGAUGUAGAUGACGAUAUUCUAAACUCAAAAGGAAAGAAUGCAGGAGCAAGUAAUUAAAGCCAUUUUGAAGAGUCAGAAGACUAUAUAGGGUAGUCAUCAAAGGGUCAUGAUAUUUCAGUUGAUUCAUAUGCAUUAGAAAACUUUGAUUAUCUCGAAGAUGUUGAAGAUUAAUGA